UGGCCGACAAAAUUGACGAGUCGAAUUCGGUCGGAGAAACCGAAGAAAAUGAGACAGUUCUCUCCUUCGAGGACUUUAAUAUGCCAGAUGAGGAGGAAGAGGAUGAAUUUUACCACGAUACGAGUUAUACCACAUCCGUAUUUAUUGAAUCGGAUGACAACGGCAAGGUCGAAAUCCUCAGCCCGUCAUCUUCUGGUCCUUGCACUGUCACUGGCCCUGUCCCGAUUUCGAGGGCUUCGGGUUCUGGGAGUUCUGCAGGUCACUGCGGUGAUCACGGUGAUGUGACGACUGAUUCAGAGAUAUGUGAGAUCGCUGGCUGUGAUGAUCACGAACACUGUGAUGUGAAGUUUAAGCUAGAUCCAGCCGGAAAUAUUGAAGGGUACAUCCAGCACACAAUAUCAGAAGACCAGAUUGUGAUGCAGUUCAACCCUGGGAGCAACGUGAUGCCCCAGCACCCAACACAUGCUACACUCACUGUGGAAAGUUGCAACCCUCGGACAAAAGCUAAGGAAGUGAAGAGGUACAUCUGUAAUUAUGAUGGUUGUCCUCGUACAUACAGCACAGCUGGUAACUUGAAGACACAUCUGAAGACACAUAAAGGAGAGUACACGUUUGUUUGUAACCAGGAGGGCUGUGGGAAAUCUUUCCUGACGUCGUACAGUUUGAAGAUUCACAUCCGUGUUCAUACGAAGGAGAAGCCAUUUGUAUGUGACCGUAAAGACUGCGAGAAAGCUUUUAAUACAUUAUACAGAUUGAAGUCACAUAAGCGGCUCCAUACGGGCGACACAUUUAACUGUGAGGAAGAUGGCUGUACAAAGGGCUUCACCACACUAAGUGACUUACGCAAACAUCUCAGGAUCCAUAAAGGAUUAAAGCCAUACAAAUGUGAAGAACCAGAAUGUGGCAAGUCAUUUUCCGCCAGUCAUCAUCUCAAAACGCACAGACGUACUCAUACUGGAGAGAAACCAUAUGCCUGCUUAGAAGAUGGUUGUAAGCGGGCAUUUGCAACACAGUAUAGUCUCAGAACACAUAAGAAUAGACACGAGAAGCCAGAGUCUGCUGAUGGUGGGUCAAGUCAGCCAGAGGAGACAAAGUCAGAUCAAUCAGAGCCCGUUGCUUCGUCGUCUAGCACAUGUACUUGCACCUGUGUUAACCAUGCUCAAGAAACUGCCGCUAAUGUGACAGCGGAACAGAUUCUAAAUGCCUUGUUCAUGGAGUCAUCACAAACCAUACCAGUCACUGUGCCUGUGAUCUCACCGAACCAGUCAGGUAUGACUGAAGAAGUUCAUAGUGUGAUACAACUGCCUCAGGUCGCUGAGACCACUGGCAUUGGGGAUCCAACUCAACCAAUGACGUAUAUUAUAAACACCCAAGACCUCGGCACAAUUUCUCAGACCGAUGUACCACAAAUGUUCACCUAUGAUGAGAGUGGAAAAAUUCAUGUCACAUGUGCAAACCCAAGUGGAAACAAUACGAUAGCAGAAGCGAUCUUGGAGCAGAUGAGUGCUGGGGGUGUUGCAAAUGAGGCCCAGAACCUUUCCAUUCAUGAGCUGGACUUGGUCGACCAGGCACCGUCUGAGUCCUGUCAAGUCAUGGACAUUGUGAAUCAAGCAGAACAAUUAGCUGAGGCCCAGGUUAUCAGUCCGAUAGAUAAGCCAACCGACUUGAUUGUUAAACAGGAGGUGGCUUGUACUGACUGUGAGGCCUGUCGUGACUGUCAAAUUGCUCAAGAGACUUCUGUGCUUAUGAAUGGUCAGCCACUGGUGCAGAAUUUGUUACUUGGCGAGCAACACCAGAAUGAUCAGAGUUAUAAUUGCAAUCCUGCUGUGUCAUUGAAAACCACUGGAGGGGAAACUGCAUUAGAUAUGAGGGCCCUGUUAGGUCUUGUUCCUGCAACCAUUGCUACCUCUGCCAACUAAAGGAUUUUUCUCUGCAGACAAAACGAUUUUUGGAACCAGCAUACCUCAACCCUAAAACCGCAACAAAUGUUCUCACAGUAGACAUCCAGAAGUGUGCUAAUUCAAAAUUUAGCAUGCCAUGCACCAUCCUCUGUACUAAAUUGAUCUUUCUGCAUUUGAAUCCAAAGAUCAACUCUGAUCUGGUGCCUAUACAUGAUAAACCUAAAACAUGUGAAGCUGUUGAACCCUUACCAUAUACAAGCUCUCCUGGGAAACCUUGCACCUAACUUGCUUCACAUGACUAAGCAGGUGUUUUCGAUGAGUGCCAGGUGAUAUGUAACGAUCAAUAGAGGCAAGAACAAAAUAAGACUUCAUGAAUUCUUGAUAGAAGGCAUACCAUAUUCGAGAGUGAGAACUCUCUGUAUUGUGUCUUGUCUUCCUGCCGAGACCAGUUUAUUUUUUGGUUUGCAAUUCUUGCUGAGUGUUUCUUGAAUCAGAACACUGUGCCAAGCCGCGCAGUGUUGACGAUUUAAGUCACUGAAUUGCGAUUAUAAUCGCUGCAAUGUGGGACAAAGAUCUCUUGUCUGCAGGUAAAACUAGUUAUUGCUGGGUUUGUUCUUGAUUGCAGGUUGCUGCAAUCACCGAUUGCCUGCAACGACCACUACAAAGAAGCAGUUUUUUGCGAUGUGACCAUGAUCACUGAUCAACUAGUCGUGAACACUGUCAUACUGGGUUUAUGGGCAAUAUUUGUCUUCAAUCUGGACAGCCAAUUUCCAGUAUUACGUUCGCUUGGAAGUUUUGUAUGAUGUAAUUUGGGGCUUUUUGGUCCUCAAGCAUGUAUGUUAUGCACAUAUACUAGAUGUCUUCAAUUUUUCGUCAACUUUGGUACAUGUACAUUAUUUAAUGUGUUGAAAACCAAGUUUUCUUCCGUCAUUGAUGCUUUUUAGCUGUGUGACUUGAUAACAUAUGUAGAACAGUAUUUUUAGGUAAAGAAGAAGCUUAGUUGGUGCAGUACUAUUGAAAUAUUUUUGGCCAUUUCUUGUCCAAGACCAUUUUCAAAUUUGUCCCUCACAGAUGACUAAGUGAUGAUUUUUUCAAUGUUGAGAAAUAUCCUUGCAGUGUUUAAAGUCCGCAUGGACAUACGGUACAUGUAUUAGGAAAAAGACAGCAUAAUUUAUUUACACUUUUAAUGUAGUUGGAUAACGUGAUUUAUUUGUUGUCUGUUGAUGAAGUACGGUUUUACAAAGUAGAGAGAGGGGAAAGAUUCUGAGAAAAGGUAACCACUGCUUGUACUAUUUGUUGUUGUAUCUUCUCACAGAAGGAUUGGCAGGGGUUUCUUUGUUCCGUGUCUUCGGGAGCCUUUGAAACAAUUCUUAUUUACUUGAACAUGUAAUACAAAGGUGAACAAAUAAGGUCCCAGGUGAUAUUUGUGAAAGUUUAGGUUGUAUUUAUUUUCAGUGGUUUAAAGUGUCUUAUAAGUGGCACCUCCUGUGUUAUGUUACAUUCUCAAUUUUGUGAUUUGCACCAAUCUCCUCUCAAUCAGUGUAGUCUCCAUUGACAACUGAAGGCGCAUGCAGUUCAUUCAUUGUAUUUUCUUGUGGGUCAGGUUUAUAGAAACGAACAGUGCCAUAGUGCAGUAAUUAUGCAUGCAAAAUUAGCUGAAACUUGGCAUUUACUGGUAUUUGUGUAUCAGUCUACUCAGUCACAUAGGUGAAAUAAUUCGGUACUUAUUUACGCCAUUGGAAAUUUUCAAAUUUAGUACAAACUGAGUCGUCCUUUGAGGCUGACUUUAUCUAGUCUAAUAUAUCAGAAUAUUCUGACAAUCACUGUGCCAAUAAGAUUUUCUUGUUUUUCUUUCUUAUUUUCUCAAUCAGAGCUGUGGUGAAUAUGGAGAGAUGAGCGCAAAUUGGGACAUUGUAGCUCUAUAUACAAUAUUGGGCAAUUGUAAUGUAAGUAGGCGGAAACCGGAGACCCUGGAGAAAAAUCUGUGCUGUCAAAGAGAGUUGCCCUCUCUAUCAUACGAGUGUACAAUGGCAUAUAGCACUUAAUAAAAGGUGGUCAAAACCUUUGUGACUGGUCAUUUAUCAUUCAUGUGAUACAGUGCAAUCGCCUUAAAAAAUAUUUAAAUUAAUAAAAAUGUAAACAUUCCUUUACCUUCGUUUCUUAUGGGUAAAGGUGUCGGUGCCAUACCAGAUUACUAAAACUGGUGAAAUUUUCCUUUUAGUCGAGGGUAACUUGUCUCAAGUUUUUAGGCUGUGAUUGUCUUUUUUGCAGUAUUGUUGUAUAAAAACUGAUCAUUGCAAAUGAUGUGAAAAGUUGACAAAUGUAUUCUAAGCCAAUAAAUAUGGUGUACAAACAAUGUACAGUGUACAGGCUAUUGGUUAUUGCCUCUCUUUCUUAUAACUUCCAACAGCUAUUCUUAAAUUCUAGUGCUAAAUAUUUUUUGAACUUUUCUUGCUCUCAAUCUCAUCCCUCCCAAAUGACAAAGGAUUCCUUUUCAAAAUGCUUUGAUACAUUUUUUUUCCAAAACUAUUCAGAUAUUUCACUGUCAUUCCUUAUUCCUGGCUAAGACAUGUUUUAAUAGCUUGCUGAUUAAAAUUCACCAAUCUUUGUGCAUGAUUUUGUAGCAUUUUCGAAAUCAACGCUUUUAAAUUGACCAAUCAAUGGUCAACAUCUAUUUGUACUACUUUUACCUGCUAAUGUUAAGCCGUGGGCUAAUGAGCAAUCUAUCAGAAUUAUUUUGUGAAAAUCAUAUUCUAGGACAAAAGAGGCAUUAAAAUGUCAUAGAAUGAAACAGACUGAAUAUAAUUACUUGAUUAAAACUG